CUUCCGAAAGUUCACACGUGUGAAAAGUUUCUCGUUUACUGUAUGGUUUAUGAUAAGAAUUUACCUUUGAUGGAACAACAAUGACGGAUGUGACACUAGAUGUACCUAGUGAGAGGAAGUCGGUUUUGAUAGCAAACUUCUCAAAUGGCCAGGUAAAUAGAAAGAGAUGUGAUGACCUGUCAAUUGGCCACUUUGUGUCCUCACAGAACCGUCCUGGUGGCAAAAGGAAGAAACAGUUACUGGUAGCCGAGACAGAGCAGAUGGCAUAUGUUGGCCAGAACUUUGGAGUGUCGGCUGACAGAUCACAGAAUUUCUGCAAGUACUAUGUGGGCGUGAGAAACAAAGACACUGGAAAAAUGACAAUAUGUGAUGCUGAGAUCUUCAACAUGUUACCAAAAAUUCCAGGUGAUGACCCAGAGGAAAGUCAGAAAGAAGACCUAUCCCGUAGUUUUCUGGAAAAGAACGACUUCCUGACGGAGGCAUUUGGCAGUAAGAAGAAGCAGAAAGCCAUGGAGAAUCGUUUGAGGAACAAAUCUGCUGCUAAAUCUAUGGAGACUAUUAUGGACUCUGCUGCAAAACAAGCCCUUUCACAACAAACACACACACCGAGGCCGCAGGCUGAAGAUCAGGUCGAUGGCAUCCCUCCAUGUAACAAGGAAGCUACAUCACCAAGGGAAGUCUACAGGCUCCAUGACAUUAUCAGUCCACGUGAAAUGGAAGCAUUAACUGCCCCUGCCCAGGUGUUCUUUGAUUCUAACUACGAACAGGUCAAACAGUGGAGGGAACAGCAUACAUAUCCUGAGUACAUUACAAGUCACCUUAUGACCUUGCCGUUGUCAGAGGAAGAGCGUUGGAAGAAGUCGAAAUGUCUACUGUAUCUUCACUACCUAUUCACACUUAACAACCUCACCACGAAGGUCCUCACACAGAGAGUGCCAUUACCUGUCGAGUGGCCGGGAGUUGUAAUUGAACAGCUACUGAAUAGAUUCACUCUGAAGGUGGACUCCGGUGGCAGAUUAAAAAGGUGCAGGCCAGCUCGGUUGAAGGACAAAACAAUAUCUUAUAUUUUGGUGCUGUGUCUCAUGAUAGAUGAAUUUGAAGUGGAAGUCACAGAAUUGAUGAAGGAUUUAAAACACUCAUUAGUCAGAGUACAGAACCAUUUCCGUGCCCUAGGCUGCACUCUGACAUCCAAGAAGGCUAUAACUGAAGGGGAGCGGUCGUUUUCUGUUACAUCUGCCUCGCUGAACCUGCCUCUCACCUUCCCGGACCCAUCAGCCAGAGCAAAGAAGAAAGGAAGAUGAGGAAAAAAUUAGAACUAAUAAAUGCGUGUUAAAUGUU